AGAGAGAAAGUGAGAGAGACAGAGAGAGAAAGAGAGAAAGAGAGAGAGAGAAUGCCAGUCUUGAUGAGCAGAGGUCGACUCCUGUUGACGUCACGCAGACACCGAGACCGAGAGAGAGAGAGACACCGAGAGACACCGAGAGACCGACACCGAGAGAGAGAGAGAGAGCAGGGGGAAAGGAGGAGGCAGAGAGAAUGGCUGCCCAGUGCCGCAGCUCCAAAUGCACCGUAGAAAGGAAAGGAUUCCGGCGGGAACUCGAUACCUGGAGACACAAACUGAUCAACUGUGUCGGGUUCGAGAGCAUCCUGGAGGGAAUCUAUGGCCCAUUACUACUCAGAGACCUCAAUAUUUUUGAUGACUGUGAACCAGAGGAGCUUGAGGACUGGGCAGUGAAGGCCAGUUGUUCCUUCUGCAGUCUGCUGAUCAAUGACCAUGUCCCGGUGGCCGCCUCCCCCCUGCCCUCCCCUCAGACGACACGCCCUCCCAAGCCGCCUCCCUCUCAGACAGCAGCCUAUCAGCUCACAGGUUCCUUCACGCCGUGUUCCAUAAGAAGGAGCUGGCGUCCGGCG